AUGCCAUUGCACCAGUGCGAUAUUGCCAACUGCAUCCAUCCAUCCGUCCGGAGGAGCGGUUCCUGUGUUAUGUGCAAACGGCACCUCUGCGCCACACACAGCAGGGCCCCUCACCAUACCUGUCCUCGCUGGGAGGUAAACGAAGAGGCCUGGAGAACUGCCACCUCUGCCGCCGAAAUGGACGAGAUCACAACUUUGCUCUCGCUCGUGAACGCCGACGCUCUUUGUUCCCGAGCGAGUCUCCUUCGGGGCGGGAAGACAUGCUCUCUGAAGGGCCUUUCCUGCGAGCCCGAAGAAAGCCUCAUCUUGACUAGGAUGGGCGGCAUGAACUACCAUGUUACCAUUGACUUCGAAGAUGGAGUGAGCUGGAUCUGUCGGAUCCCGCGACUGCACGCCGGGACCGCCCCUGCUGAGCUCAGACGCCGCAUUCUCCUGAGCGAAGCGGCUACCCUGCGGUUCCUCGCUGAUGCUGGCAUCCCCGUUCCUCGUGUCUAUGAUUACGAGGUCAGCAGGAUUCCAACAACAAUCGGCGUCAACUACAUCAUGAUGUCGAAGCUGGAAGGAAAGCCUUUAGACUGGUACGACAAGGACGAGCACAGCAAAGCCAAGGUUCUGAACCAAUUGGCGGACAUAUUCGUCAAAUUGCGGGCAUGUCGCUUUGACUCCAUCGGGAGCCUGCUCCAUCCUCAAAAGUUGUCUAUCGGCCCAUUGGUCGCAGAGAGUACAACAGACAUCCGUGAUGGGACGCUGCAUCUCCUUGGCCCUUUCAUGUCCUCGCUAGAAUAUCGCCUGGCGUGGAUUGAGAGGCAGUUGGAUUUGAUUUGCAGUGGCGAGGCUUACAGCACCUCCGGCGUCGACGCAUAUCUCGUCCAUCGAUCCCUCAAGGACUAUCUGACCCGAUAUUCAGUGCUGAACUCUGGCGGACAGCCACCGUUUUACCUUAAGCACAUGGAUGAUAAAGGAGAUCAUAUCCUUGUAGACGACGAGGACAACAUCACGGGUAUAAUUGACUGGGAAUGGGCACAGACCACUUCGGAGGGAGAAGCGUUCUCUGCACCUCUAUUUCUGCUCGACGUUGGCGCCUACUACGAUGGGCAAAACGAAUUAAGCGAAGACGAGAAGAUGUUCUCGGAGAUCUUGAAGGAGAAAGGGCGGGACGAUCUUGCCUCGUUUGUGAGCAAUGGCCGUAUCCAUCACCGCCUGACUCAUUGUCUUGCGGGAGACAUAGACGACAAAGAAUCGUUCCCGAAUCUUUUCGCGGGACUUCUGGCAGCUCUGGAGGGGAGGAGUCCCGACGAUCCAAGUAAAAUAUGGAAGGAGUGGAAGGAAAUUGCAAUGGACAAGUACAGAGAUGAAGAGAGACUGAAGCAGUUGCUGAUAAAGUACUCUGCGUGA